CGGGAUUACGUACAAAGCUGCUGCAGCGCGUGCUACGUUACGAAAAUUGUCAAUAUCGUAAUAACACAAUCUCUAGCGUCUGCCUCUUGUUUAUGGCACAAUUUAGAGUCCGGUAUUGUAGCUGACUGCCUAGCUCAGAUUGAUGGAACAAAGCUGAUAAAUGCUGACAUUAUAUAUCAGGGUCAUCCGAGGACUGCUUGUGUUUAACUGUCAACCCCCACAAUGGCGAUCUGGCUGUCUGUAAUUCUCCUGGUAGUGGCGGUCAGUUUGUUUGUCCAGUUCUUGUGGGGUGGAGAUCCCGCUAACUUUCCUCCAGGUCCCUUUGCAUGGCCUCUAGUUGGAAACCUCUUUAGUAUUGCCGGAGGUGAUGGAUUUUAUUCUAAAAUCCUAGGGCUACGCAGUCGCUAUGGUGAUAUUUUUCGCCUCCGACUCGGUGAGAUGUCCAUGAUCGUUGUAUUUGGUCUACAGAAUGUGCGAGAAAUUUUGGUGGAGAAAGGUGACAUCUUUAAAAAUCGACCCAACUGGCUGUAUAUUCCUGCUAAUGUCAUAAAGAACAGAGGACUGUUCUGGACCAAUGGCAAUUUAUGGCUCAAACUUACCAACCUACUCAUCACCACACAGUCUGAUGAAUUGAGGCAGAACAACUUAGAAAAACAAAUUCUUGAUGAACUUGCAGCAACAAGUAAAGAAAUAAAACUUGCUGAAGGGAGACAACUGGCACCUGAAAACAUGAUGACAAGAUCAGUGUUUAAUAUAACUGCAAGCAUUGCUCUUGGCAAAAGGUUUGACCACUCAGACCCAGAAUUCCUUACCUUGAAGGACAACAUCCUGUUCCUGCUAACAAACUGCAAAUCAGCAAGUCCAGCCAAUAUGUUUCCUGUCUUAGCUAGACUGGCCAGCUCAAAGUUUGGGCAGGUGAAAUUGAGAGAGGAGCAAAUCUUUGAUUUCUUUAAAAAGAAGUUAGCUGAACAUGUUGAGAGACUAGAUGUGAACAAGUGUGGGGACUAUAUGGAUGUUUACCUGAGUCUGAGCCCAAAGGAACGUCAGCAGGAGGAGUACUCAGAGCACAAUUUUUUCCGCAGUAUAAUAGACUUGUUCUUAGGUGGAGCUGAUACAACCACUUCAAUGUUGCUAUGGCAACUUGUUUACAUGUCCAAGUACCAGGAUGUGCAAAAGCGAUGUCAGGAUGAGAUAGAUAAGGUUGUCAGAGGCCGACAAGUCACAUCGGCUGAUAGAGCUAACCUGCCUUACACUGAUGCCACCCUGAAGGAGCUAGGAAGAUCCGCCGGAACAAUUGUCAACACAGCAUUGCGCACAAACACAGAGGAGACCAGGAUUGGAGAAUUCCAAAUUCCAAAAGAUUCCAUUGUUCUUUGCGAUCUUCGUCAGCCUCAUAUUCAGCAGGAAUACUGGGAGGAUCCCACCAAAUUUAAUCCAGAGAGAUUUCUAGAAUCAACCCAAGGCAAACCUUACCAUCCAUUUGGAAUGGGUCCACGUCAGUGUGUAGCUAAGAUUGCUGCAGACACCUUAUUGUUUCUCUUCCUUUCUAAUAUCCUACAGACAUUUCACAUUAAAGCUUCUGGGAAUUCUCAGGAAGGUGAGGUGUCUCUAGAUAGUUUUUAUACCGGUGUGUCACUACGGCCAAAACUAGCGAACUUCUCUUUCUCACCAAGGGUGUAGAAGAAAACAUCAUUAAGUCAAAGAUGGGAGAGGAAGUUCAAAGGUUAAUGGAACAAAGGUCAAAGGUCAUACUGUCAAGGGAUGAUGGAUGACUGUCACCGAUAGAAGUGCAAAGGUCAAUUGAUGUAGAGUAAAGGUCAAAGGUGAUAUAGCACACUUGUUACUGAUGAAGGGUUUAGUUUAUUUAUUGCUGCCUUACAUUGUACAGCCUAUUAACAGUCAGCUGAUGUUCCUAGUGGAAAACUACCAACAUUCAGUCAGUGCGUGGUGAUUGCUCUACAGUGACCUCAAAACCGUGACCCAGAGAUGGAAGCUAGUGAUAGAGAUAGUCUGAGAUAUCUUGACCAGUCGGCCUCUGUGACCCGUUUGAAGGGUAAAGGACAGUUUGCUAAAGAAGAUGUGAUAAACUGACACUGAAAUUUACAAAAAGUUAUGUUUUUGACAAGGAAAAGCUCACUAGAUCUUUAAUAGCUAGUCUACGGAUGUUUAUCUUGGGGUAUGCCCAUGGAGCCAACAUAUAAAAUCUAACUCAAGGGGAUGGGCUUAUUGCAGAGCAUUUAUUUGUUAUUCUAUUCAUCAGCAAUAUAUUCUAAAUUUUCAUAAUGAAGAGUUUUAUUUUUGUCUUGUGAGCAGGGAUCGAUUGUUAAGUUAUUACAUGAGAAAAUUACAUUGCUUUCUCACAAGUUUAUGACCUUAUGACCUCUCACAAUAAAUACAGUAAAUUUUACCAUUCUGUAAAGUUGCUAUGCAACAAAAAUUAGACAAUUGUUACCUCUAUUUUCUGUUCAAUUACACAACAAACGAAAUGCAUCAGGGUCAAAGUGUUUCUUCCUAGUAAAUCAUGCUCUAAAACUAGGUCACUGUGACAUGUUUUUUAAACUUGACUAUAAGAAUGAAAUUUAACUUUAUUUCCAGGUCAUAAUUUUCAGAUAUUUUGAUAUGGGGUUUAUGAAAAUCAGUGUACUGUUAUAUAAUUUCGUAGUGAAUGACAUUAUGACAUUAUUACAGCUGAUUACUUAGAGUUGGAGGCUGUUGAAAAUUGAAAAUUUAUGUUACUGUAAAAAUUCUUCCUUUUUUUCAUUUUCCUGGACAGCAUUUCUGUGAUUUUAAGUAAAUUAAAAUAUUUUAGGGGUAAUUUUUUCAAACUAUUGAUGUACAUAAAUUUAAAGUAUUACAAAACAGGCUGUAUGGUUCCACAUUGACAAAUUCCUAUUUCCGUAGGUUAGUGGAAAUCAUGUUUCAUUUAUAUUUGUAGUUUUAAUUGAAUUGGUAAAUUUUCAAAUGUCCUGGUCUCACUCACGGGUGAUAUGUAGACAGAGCGUAACAUUCGUUGAUACAGUAAAUAAGUUAUAUAUGUACAUUGGAUUAAAUUUACACAGGAACUAUAUUUUGGGGCUGUAUUUGAAAAUUAAAAGGUUGCAAAAAUAACAACAUCAGCAGCAAAUGAAUGAAUCUUGUCAGUGGUAUCAGUACACGGAACUAAACAUUCAAUGUACAAUUUUUUUGUGUUUUGUUUUAAUUAUCAGUUUUUUUUUUAUUUGUAAUUCAAUGCUAAGAAAGAUUGGUUUGUUAAUAAAUUGGCUCAUUACUCAAAAGUUCCCUGUGUACAGCAUUUUGAUGAAGAAUAAGAUGUAGAUAUCCUUUUAGUUUGAAAUGAAAUCCAUAUUACACAAAAUAUACAAAUAUACAUAUUUGUUUACACCUACUAGCUUGAUACAUGGAAAUUCAACCGUCCUAAGUUGGAUAUACCAGCAUUAAAAAUCAAACAAUUUCAGGAUACUCUAAACCUGUAUAAUUUAGCACAAUCAAAUUUUAGCACAUUAUCACUAUUAUUUUUACAAAUUAGCACAAUUAUUGAUUGGCAUAUCAUAAUUGCUACACAAUGUAUAUGUUGUAUAAAUGUUAUAUUGCAACUAGCACUAUCACUACUUUAGUGUAUAAUGUUCAUUAGGAGAAUUGUUAGAAUGACAUUGACACUGAAAUAUGUACAGUAUAUUGUCUACAAGUACAAUGAAGGAAAGCUGAGGUGAAGAUGAUGUCUAUAUUUAUACAGUGCCUGUGUAAAUUGGUGUUUAUAUCAACAGUAGCUAGCAGUGAACUCCUUACGUCACUCGUACUUAUGUAUAUUUUAUUGUAAACAUGCUUGUUUUGUUGUACUCCAAUUUUAGCUCAUAACCAAAUAUUAAAGGAUAAGUGAAAUGAUGAAUAAGUGUACUCACAAUAAUUGCAGCAGAAAACAUUGAGGCUGCAAUUAGCACAAUUUAGCAGAAUACGUUCAGUGCAACAUAAUGCUAAAAUUAGAUUACUACAAAAAUAAGUAUGUUUAUGUAGUACACAUGCCAUAUAUGGAAUAUGUACUAUGUUUUUUAUACCAUAAACAUUAUUAAUUAACAUAAACCUAUAUGCCUUUUAAAAUCACUGACUUAUGUUUCAUUUAUUCAAUGACCAAGUAAAAUUAGUGAAAAUUCUCUAAAUCCAAUUUCCUACCAAAUGUGUCUAUUGUAGUUAUUCUGCAAGGAUUCAGGUCCUCUCAGUACCAAGACAAUUAACUUUCUGUCCCAUCAUAUUAAGACCACCUCCUUUCUGUCCCCUCAGUAUUAAGACCACCUCCUUUCUGUUCCCUCAGUAUUAAGACCACCUCCUUUCUGUCCCCUCAGUAUAAAGACCACUUCAUUUCAGUCCCCUCAGUAUAAAGACCACUUUUUUUCCGUCUUAACAGUAUUAAGACCACUUCCUGUCUGUCCCCUCAGUUUCAAGACUAUUUCCUUUCAGCCUUUUCGGUAUUAAGACCAUGCCGUCUAUCAUCGUACACAGGAUAUAGCUGAACACAUAGCAUGAAACCAAAAAACAUAUCAUUUACAUUGGAAACACAAAAUGAGAAAAAAACUUGAUCUUCGUGAUAAAAUCGGUACCAAGGCCACUUACAGUCCCAAAUAAUUCCUCUAUGUCUUUUUAUUGUACAUGUAUGCUUUACUCUUUGGCCGUGUUGAAAUAUUCUGUGUUCAUGAGUAUAAUUAUAAUAUAGCAAUAUAAUAAACUUUAUUUUACAACAAUUGCC